AUGAACGCGACCGUCAGCACGGCAGGAGCGACGACCACUGCGAUGGCAUCGUCCUCAUCAUCUAACGCGAAGAGUAGCAUUAAUGCGAGCUUUUCACUACGCAGCGGUGUAGGAAUGGGUCGCCGUUCGCUACUCUUGACACGAACGCUAUGUGCGCCGAAUUCACCAACGACGGGCGAACUCGGUACCAGGAAGGGGGGGUUGGUCGUGCCAUCGCCACCAGUCACUAGCCGGACGACGAACAACGCUCCGACGCCCACAUCGUCCUCCUCAUCGUCCGGUGCUGGUACACUCGCCCUGUCCGUGCUAAAUGCUGCUUCAGUGCUCACAUCAUCUUUCAACCAUAAAACGACGACGACGACGACGACUACGGCCAAAUGCACCAGAAAAGGUCUCAACUUUAAGCCGCAUCAGCAGCAGCAGCAGCUCAACGGCAUCGUCUCCAAUCAAUCGCUCCUGCUGCGUCAUCAAACGAACAAUGCGAUCAAACAGCAGCAACAAUUGCCGUUGCCAUCAUUCGCGAUGCUAGGCGACCCACAGAGCGUCGGUAAGAAAGCAGCGAACAGCAGCAGUGGCAGCAGCAGUGGCAGCGGCAGCGGCGGCAGCAGCACCAGCACCAAUAACACCAACGUCGUCGUACCGCUGUGCAGUGCCAGCUUCAAUCAACAGCCGCAGCAGCAACCGGUGGCGCGUAAAAAUUAUCCGUCGAAACAGCAACUGACGCUAAUGAAGGGCAGCGAUAGAGGAGCCGGUGGUCACAAUCCGCUGCCACCGCCGCCAUCAACAAUUCCAACCUCCACCACCUCCUCGUCGAUGUUGGUGAACGCGGCGGCACACGCUCUCCUAGCUGGGCGACACAGCAAUGGUUGGCGCAACGCAGCCGACUAG